AUGCGCGCAGGACCUGUCAACACCCGUGGAUUUCCAUCGCUCCCUGUUGAGCUCCUUCUCGAAGUCACCUCUCACCUCCUUCGCGGACCCAUACCCUCCUACACGGAGUCUGUCUAUCGUGCACGCUAUCUCGCACAUCAUGACACCCUCCGUUCUCUUUCCCAGACCUGUAGAUCCCUUCGCAGCAUUUUCCUGCCCCACGUAUGGCGACGCAUCGAAGUCUGCGCCAGCAAGCGGCUCGACGACAGGCCAGAAUCAAACCGUAAAGCCUCCAAAAGAAUUUCCAAAGAGAUGGCAACGGAAUUAGUGCGCCAGUUAGAGAUUGUGACCAUUCGAGAUCCAACGUUGGCGCAAUACGUUCAAGUCGUAAACGUCAAUUUACAGACCUUCUGUUACGACACAGUUCUAGCCGAACUCGCCCGGUGCUUAACGCUUUUUCCUAACCUUCGCACUCUCCAACUCCUUGGGCUCGCGAUGCGCGAGGGGAUGAUAAUAACUCAUAAAGUGUUCAAAGGUCUGACAUUUCCUCAAAUCCGUAUUUUGGUGGUGCCCUCGGCCGGUUACCGUGUCCUUAGGGCUUGCCCCAACGUGAAAGAUGUCACUUGCAUUGGCGGAUGCCUCCCAGAAUUCUGGAAGACUCUCUUUGCCCAUUGCCCCAACGUAGUUUCGCUUGGAACCCCCGGAGGCACAGAUUGUGCACAAGUUAUCAAUGUCAUCGCACAGCAACUCCCAAACCUCGAAAAGAUAACAUUCGACAUGCCCAACCAAACUCUCACUCCGGAGACAAUCUCAAACCUAUCUGCGUUCAAGCGGCUCCACACAGUUUGCUUUUGCUUCAACAAGAAAUAUCAUCUCAAACCGCACAAUACCGACUGGUAUAAAGCAGAUCUCAUGCGUAAGAGGAGGGCGGUUAUGGCCGCUUUCCAAAAUAUCCCACAACGGGAUGGCAUUCAGAAAAGAUUGAUUGUUAAAAAACAUAAACAUCGAUCCGAAGUUUACAUGUUCGAUGCCACACUAUAUUGA